CCAUUUUGUUUGGCCGCUCUGGGCAAGUGGCUGCGAAGGAAGGGGACUCGGGCGGCGAGGCCUAGAGAAGGCUGUGUCUUCUUGUGAGCGGCGGUGAGCGCCUCGCCCUCCAUGCGCAAGAUGCUGGCCGCCCUCUCCCGCCUGAUGCAGGGCCCGGCUGCUGCUGCUGCUGCUGCUGCUGCCGCCCACAAACCGGGAGCUGUUAGUGAGGUUGCACGGGUGGUUGUUGCUUCUCGCAAUUAUGCAGAUUUUGCAACUGAGGCUACGUUUGAUAUUAAGAAGCAUGAUAUCCACCGAUUGGAGGAGGGUCCACCCACAACAGCUGUGAUGACUCGAGAGCAAGGUCUGCAGUACUACAAGACUAUGCAGACAAUUCGGCGCAUGGAACUGAAAGCAGACCAAUUGUAUAAACAGAAGAUUAUUCGAGGUUUCUGUCAUUUAUACGAUGGCCAGGAAGCUUGCUGUGUUGGGCUCGAGGCAGCCAUAAAUCGAACAGACCAUUUGAUUACUGCUUACCGGGCUCAUGGCUUUACAUAUACCCGUGGUGUUUCAGUUCGUGAAAUUCUUGCUGAAUUGACAGGUCGGAUUGGUGGAUGUGCUAAAGGCAAAGGAGGCUCAAUGCAUAUGUAUGCCAAAAACUUCUAUGGUGGUAAUGGUAUUGUUGGUGCCCAGGUUCCUUUGGGAGCUGGUAUUGCCUUGGCAUGCAAAUACUUUAGUAAAGAUGAGAUCUGUGUGACAUUGUAUGGUGAUGGUGCUGCCAAUCAGGGUCAGAUAUUUGAAACAUUUAACAUGGCUGCCUUGUGGAAGUUGCCUUGCAUUUUCAUCUGUGAGAACAACCGAUAUGGGAUGGGUACUUCUGUAGAGAGAGCAGCAGCCAGUACAGACUACUAUAAAAGGGGAGACUUUAUUCCAGGUCUCAGGGUUGAUGGUAUGGAUGUUCUUGCUGUCAGAGAAGCAACAAAAUUUGCUGCUGACCACUGCAGAUCAGGAAAAGGCCCUAUUGUGAUGGAGCUACAAACAUAUCGUUAUCAUGGACACAGUAUGAGUGAUCCAGGAAUCAGUUACCGAACAAGGGAAGAAAUUCAAGAAGUAAGAAGCAAGAGUGAUCCCAUUACUCUCUUGAAGGACAGAAUGGUGAACAAUAACUUAGCUAGCGUGGAAGAACUAAAGGAGAUUGAUGUAGAAGUAAGGAAGGAGAUUGAAGAUGCAGCACAAUUUGCCACAACUGAUCCUGAACCACCUCUGGAAGAACUAGGCAAUCAUAUCUAUUAUAAGGACCCACCCUUUGAGGUGCGUGGCCCAAAUCAGUGGAUUAGGUACAAAUCUGUUUGCUAAGUGGUUUUGCACUCCAGCCACCAAUCAUACUGGUGGUAGUGAUUUUUUUUUACUGAAGUUUAAUUCUAUCUAUUCUAUGGUAUAAAAGUCGGAUCAUUGCACAUUUAGAUGGGAAAAGUCCAUUUGGCAGUAAAAUAGACAUUUUAUUUUGGGAUGGGAAAGAAAUGUUACAAACAUACAACUCUGAAAGGCACCUGCUCAAGAAAGAAUUGAAUUUAUUAAUGUAUAUCUAAACUUUUGGUUAUGCUGUAUUUAUGAAAGCUAUUCAUCUAAAAUCAUAUUAUGUACAAUAAAAAUGGUACAUUAAAAUUUUCUGAACAGA